CCUCGUAAUCUAUGUGGAGGUAACUCUCGCACACAGUCUUAUGCAUUAACCAGAUUUGUGCGGUAUCAUGUCUUUAUGCUGGUCUUUGUGGGAAUGGCGGCGAUGCGUGGAUGUGUCGUCCCUUCAUCGUACUCCGGACGCCCGCCAUAGGUGACACUCUACCCGCUGCAUCAGCACAACCGACCAAUCCCUCCUUGUGAGAAGCUCGACGUCUCGCAGUUCUCCGAGUACCAAGACCCCGAAUGUCGCUCUCCUCUGGUGCGAAUGGUUCGACUGGCCAGAUCUCCGUGCAGGAAGAUAAUCCGGUACAGACAGAACAGGGCGGCUCGGACCAUCAGUCUCAGCAUGAACAUGCUGGUGCCAGGAAUGCGUCACCCGGACAAAACCCGGUCCCUGCCUCUCAAUUUUACAGUUGGAGGGAGAUCAUUGAGAAUAUGGGGGAUACGAGUGUUCAUGGUUAUCGGGCACCAUCGAGCGAAGACCCGAAGAUGUCGGAUCUAUCACAGUUGACCAAGGAGAUAUGGGACCAUGAGAAUGCACGCGUGAAGAGGUGGCGAAACGAAAUCAACUCCUUGCUGACAUUUGCUGGUCUGUUUGCCGCAGUGGUCACUGGCUUCGGCGUCCAGUAUUACACCAUGAUGCAGCAACCUGCCGCGCCCGACUACAAUACGCAGAUUCUCGAGCGUAUCUCGCUUCAACUGGCAGGUUUCGUCAACCAAACCGAUAGCAACCCUUCGCAACCCUUGCCUUCAUCCUUGCCGCCGUUCGACAUACCCGAGAUAGCCCCUGCGCACGCAUAUGUUGCAGCGUUGUGGUUUGCGGCGCUGGUGUGCGGUCUUGCUGCUGCAUCAAUCGCGAUCCUGGUUAACCAGUGGGUGAACAACUUAUUGACCCCAGUCGCAUUAUCUGGCACCGGGUCACACGAGCAACUGCGGGUGUGGAACCUGCGUCACCAAACCUUCCGGAGCUGGGGACUAGCAGUUUUCAUCGACAUUCCGUCGGUCUUGCUGCAGGUCGCGCUCAUAUUAUUCCUCGUGGGCCUUGUAGGAUACCUUUGGCAGCUCAGCGUCAGAGUUGCCAUGCCAUCACUCAUCCUCGUCGCCGUCCUCCUGUCAUUCCUCUCUGUCACCACCAUCUUACCCGUCUUCCUUGCAUACAGCCCCUUCAUUUCCCCACAGUCUCUGUUUCUGCGCUGGGUGUGUGCACCUAUCAAGUUGUCCUUCUAUUGGGCGACGACGCAGUUCUGCACUUGGCUGUGGGUCAUGAACCAAGUGGCGUGCAUCGAUGAGUUUCUCGAGACUCUGAUGCAACAACUCAAAAAACAAUUGGAAGACUUUCAAGCUCUCCAAACGUACGGCUACUAUGGGUGGGCAACGGAAGAGACAGCGUACCUACGGAGCGAAGCCGGACAGGCAACUGACAAGACCAUGAUUGCGAACGCGUUUUCACUCGUCAAGGAUUACGACCUUCUUCUACCUCUCGUACGCACCUCACUGAAGGACAUGCAGUCGGACGUAGCGAUGAGUAAUGUGGUCACCAUCUGCGAACGAAGACCGCCCGCCCUAGUAGACGAUGACAUUGCGCGGUGACGACAUGAUAUCCGGGACAACAACAUAUUCCUCGAGAUGGGCAAGCUCGUCGCGGAUCGCAUAUCGACGGAUAUGAAGGAGCUGGUCGGAGACGAAAGGAAGAACAGUGUAGUCCAGGCCCUCGAUGCCUUUGACUACUCGCUCGGUGCCGUUCGGGAUGACGAAAAAGGGAUGGAAAUGUAUGUGCAAUUGUUCGAUUUUUUGCGACUCCAAGGCGUCACGCGCGACACCGAGUUGAACAUGAAGAUCCUCAAGUUGAUAUGGCGAUAUGAUGAGUAUUUCUCUAUCA